AUAAAUCAAUGAUAAGAUAAUUGUGUGAUAAGAAAUUCAUAUAUUUUCUCCAUGCGGUCAAUAGACAUAAAAUGGAUUGAUGGACCAAACUGUUGAAAUUCAAAUAUCUUUAGACUGGUUUUAGUGUGUUAAUAAGUGUUAUUGUUAGUGUUUUCUUGUUCUGAAAAAAAUGCCUACAAAUCUAUAUAGAUUUCAAGGGCCUGAAGGGACCAUACCUUACCAACAUUACUUGAUUGACAAAAACAACACAAAACUUACCAAAAUAGCCACAGCAUUAAUGAAGAAUGAACGAUGUGAUGGUAGAGAUAUUUCAGCUCAUAGAAAUUUAUGUAUCAAGACUGGAAUUGUUACACAAGCCAAAGGAUCAGCCUAUGUUGAGAAAGGUCAUACAAAACUAUUGUGUUCUGUUUUUGACCCAAAAGAAGUUCCUAAUAAAGUUGAGUAUGCAAAAACAGGAGAACUUCAGUGUGAAUUUAAAUUUGCUACUUUUUCAUGUCGACAACGACGUAAUUAUACCAGAGAUUCUGAAGAACGGCAAUUGUGCAAUGAGUUCCGUAGAGCCAUAGAACCUGCAGUUUGUAGAGGUGAAUUUGCAAAUUUUGAAAUUCAGGUCAAUGUUUUAGUGUUAGAAAAUGAUGGAUCAGUGUUGUCUACUGCUAUAACAGCUGCAGGACUUGCAUUAAUGGAUGGAUGUAUUCCUAUGUAUGAUAUGAUUGUCGCAUCUUCAUUGGGAAUAUUUAAGAAUACAAUUUUAGUAGAUCCAACAUAUGAUGAAGAAACUUUAUGUUUGUCCUGGACAGAGGACGAAGAGAAUAGAGGCACAGUUAUGUUGGCUUAUAUGGUCAGUUUGGAGCAAAUCACUGAAUUUUCUCAAAAUGGAUCAAUGGAUAUCAAUAUGUUCCCAGAAUAUGUACAAUUACUAAUUGAUCAAAAUUGUAAAAUAAACAAAUUGGUUCAAUCUGCAGCUAUUACAGAUGUAAUUGGUCAUUUUGAAAGUCAAACCACAGAUUAAAGGAAAAUGUUUUUUUUAUGUACAUAUAUUUUAUAAAAUGUCCUUACCUCAAAUAAAAAUAUAUAGAUUAUA